CCACCCACAAAGGAUUUGAGAUUUGAACGUUGACGCGGGAUACAGCUGUAACUGUUUACAAGUUGAAUUAGCCUACUUAGAGGAGACUGUCUGCUGUUUAUACAAAAAUCAUGCACCACUGUGAGCUUGAGGAGCUAACGGAUCACAUCAACAGCAGAAUCUCAAAGGUUAAAAACCUCAUGCACUUACGAGCUAUUGGAAAUGAUCCAGAGAAACAGAAGAUUUUUCGUAAGAUUGCAGAGGAGGUCAGUGGAAUGACAAAGCUCUUGGAUCAGUUUGAGAAGUGUGUCGCUGAUGAGAGAGAUUCACUAAAACAAUUGGAGGAACUGAAUGAGCUGGUUGAAGAGGAUUUGCAGAAUGCAGUUCACAUGGCAGAGAACAUCCCCAGUCACAUGCCAGUUCCUACAUCUGCUGUCAACGAAGUGUUGCCUGUUCAAAAUGAAAACGAGCCACCAUCAAAGGAUCAGGCCAAGAAGUCUCGCAAACAGAUUAAGGAGAUGGAAUUCAUAACUGUACACGAGUUUGACACGAUACCACCGUACAUGAAAGGUCGAGUGACAUACGACGUGCUGAACUCUGCGGUGCGGAGCAUUAACAAGACUGUGACCGAGAAGUACAAGAUCCUCCAGCAGCCCCUGAGGACACUGAACAACACGUCACGCAAGCUCUACGAUCGCUUCAAGGAGAAUGAGACUGGGGAGACCAGAGGACAUUUCUUCGUGGUGGAGGCAGACCUGCGUGAACUUGCCCAGGUGACGGUGGACAAGCGCUUCCUGAAUCUGCUGAGCAUGCUGCGCCACUGCCAGCGUCUCAAGGAGAUGAGAGGAGGCGGGCUGACCCGCUACCAGCUGCUCUGAGCUCUCCUCUGGGUCAGUGGCCUCCACCUUCAUCCAGCUUCCAAUGAAACGACCAUCUCCAAACACAGAUUUCUCCUUUUUCUCAACCUCCAGUCAGCAACUACUAGCCUCUAGCUUCUUUCAGGAAACCAUACCUAAUCUCCACACAGACUGCUCUUUUCUGCAAACACUCUGGGACUCGUUCAGAAAGAGUGGGUCUCACAUAGGGUCACAUACAGUAUUUCUCCAAUCAGGUUACUGCCUAUUUUGCAUAGCUCCUUGAAGCAGAUAAAAUAAGAAAUAAGAAGUAUAAUUACACAGUUAGAAAACACUGGUUGGUUUUCUUAACCUUUUUUCUGAAGUAAAUAGGUCAAUUGAAAAAGUCAGUGAUACUCAUCUCCCUACGGUAGGCACCUCGUUCUUGAUCAUCUUGAGUUAGACCUCUUGCACCUGUUCUGAGUGUCUUUGUGAUAGAUUUUAGGGCUGUACUACCAACUGAGGGAGGCUACUGGCUUAUCCAGGUAACUUCAGGAGUAACUGCUGAUCUCAAAAGAACAAGUCACUUUUGAAACAAUACUGUUCUUACAGAGAUCAGCGGUGUCUCCCAGAGUCACCUGGAUAAACUAGUAACCUCACUGUGUAAUAUCUGCAUGAUAACCUACAGUAAGACCAAGUGAAGGACUGGCUGCUACUCCACUAGUGUUGCAAGAUAAGAGACAGUUAAUGGCACUCACCCGAGUUGUGCUGGUCAGGUCUGCUGAUGUAUUAGGUUGUAGCCAUUUAAAAACAUAUUGUAAAUAAAGAUGAUAUCGCUUGCUGUUAUGUUUUCAGUGAUCAUUCAAUGACUAUUUACUAGUGGUGCAACGGAUCAUCAUUGAUCCGUGAUCCGUUCGGAUCAAUAUCUUCGGUUCGGCACACACAUGAUCCGCGGAUUGAUUUAUUAAAAACUUUUUUAAUAAUGAUAA